CCGCUUGCGCCGGGUGGGGGCGGCGAGCUGCGGCCGGGCCCUCGCGAGCGGGCGGGGCGGCCGAGAGAUAGAGAGAGAGAAAGAGAGAGAGCCUGGCCUCUGAGGACCUCCCUGUGCACUGCAAAGGUGCCCCACGAGGCUACUCUUGAAAAAUGGCCACAGAAACUGCAGGAGUGUGGAGACAAACCAAAGCUCUCUUAUUCAAGAACUACCUUGUUAAAUGCAGGACUAAGAAGAGUAGUGUGCAGGAAAUCCUUUUUCCACUAUUUUUUUUAUUUUGGCUUAUAUUAAUGAGCAUGAUGCAUCCGAAUAGGAAGUUUGGCGAGGUGCCCAACACUGAUCUUGGUACUUUAGAUCGCUCCAUGCUCUUGGACUUCAUUCUUGGAUACACACCAGUGACAAACAUGACAAGAAAAAUCAUGCAGAAAGUGUCUUUUGAAUAUUUUGCAGAUGGUGUAAUUACAGAAGAAUUUUUCAGUGAAAAAGAGUUGCAAGAGGCUAGUACUGUUAACCCCUCCAACUUUGUUGGUGUAGUUUUCAAAGAUUCUGUGUCCUACCAACUUAGAUUCUUUCCUGGUGCUGUCACAGUGUCUUCUAUCAAUGUAGAAUCAAGAGCCAGUUGUUCCAGUUUAUCAAACGGAUGUGAAUCUGUUACAUACUGGUACUCAGGAUUUGCAGCUCUACAGGCUUGUAUCGAUGCAGCAAUAAUACAGCUGAAGACUAAUCAUUCAGUUUGGGAAGAACUGGAAUCAACUAAAGCUAUUAUUAUGGGAGAGGCUGCUGAUAUGAAAAUUGAUUAUUUUCCUCGAGCAAUUAUUUUAAUUUACCUAAUAAUAGCUUUCUCACCCUUUGGGUACUAUUUGGCAAUUCAUAUUGUGGCAGAAAAGGAGAAGAAGUUGAAGGAAUUUUUAAAGAUAAUGGGCCUUCAUGACACCGCCUUUUGGCUGUCUUGGGUUCUACUGUACACAACUCUGAUUUUUGUCAUGUCCAUUCUCAUGGCAGUCAUUGCAACAGCCUCUUCACUAUUUCCCCAAAGUAGCUCCUUUGUGAUAUUUCUUCUUUUUUUCCUGUAUGGAAUAUCCUCAGUUUUCUUUGCUUUCAUGCUGACGACUCUAUUUAAAAAAUCAAAGCAUGUCGGUGUAGUUGAAUUUUUGGCAACACUGGCUUUUGGUUUUGUGGGUCUCACUAUUGUCCUGCUGGAUGAUUUUCCAAAGUCUUUUGUAUGGAUCCUAAGCCCCUUGUGUCAGUGUACGUUCUUGAUUGGGAUUGCACAGGUCAUGCAUCUGGAAGAUUAUCAAGAUGGUGCAAUAUUUUCAAAUUUAAAUCACGGUCCUUAUCCGCUAGUAAUUUCUCUUAUUUUACUGGUUCUGGAUAGCAUGUUUUACCUACUUCUAGCUGUCUAUCUUGAUCAGGUCAUUCCAGGUGAGUUUGGAUUACGACGGCCAUCAUUUUUCUUUAUGAAGCCCUCAUUUUGGUCAAAGCGCAGAAGAAAUUACAAGGAGUUAUAUGAGAGUAGUGUUAAUGGAAGCUUAAGUUUCAGUGAAAUGGUUGAACCUGUAUCUUCAGAAUUUCAGGGAAAAGAAGCUAUCAGAAUCAGCAGUGUUCAGAAAACAUUCAGCAAAAAGGGUGAAACUGUGGAGGCUCUCAGAAGCUUAUCCUUUGACAUAUAUGAGGGUCAGAUUACAGCUUUACUUGGGCAUAGUGGAACAGGCAAGACAACACUGAUGAAUAUUCUUUGUGGACUCUGCCCACCUUCUGAUGGGUUUGCAUCUGUCUAUGGACACAGAAUCUCUGAAAUUGAUGAAAUGCUUGAUGUAAGAAGGAUAACGGGGGUUUGCCCACAAUUAGAUAUACAUUUUGACGUAUUAACUGUGGAAGAGAAUUUAUCGAUCUUUGCUCAUAUUAAAGGGAUAUCUCCCAAUCUUCUGAUACAAGAGGUGCAGAAAGUGAUGAAUGAUUUGGAUAUGCAGCCCAUCCGAGAUAACCAAGCUAAAAAAUUAAGUGGAGGGCAGAAAAGAAAGCUAUCGAUAGGAAUCGCUGUUCUUGGGAGCCCAAAGGUUUUACUUUUGGAUGAACCAACUGCUGGUAUGGACCCAUGUUCUCGGCACAUUGUUUGGAAUCUCCUGAAAAACAGACAAGCCAAUCGGGUAACAGUAUUCAGUACUCAUUUCAUGGAUGAGGCAGAUAUUCUUGCUGAUCGAAAAGCUGUGAUUUCUCAAGGGAUGCUGAAAUGUGUUGGCUCAUCUCUCUUUCUCAAAACCAAAUGGGGAAUUGGCUACCGCUUGAGUAUGCAUAUAGAUGGGUAUUGCAAUAUAGAAGCUACAACAGCCUUGAUCAGACAGCAUAUCCCUGAAGCCAGCUUGGUACAACAGAAUGAACUGCAGCUUGUGUAUACCUUACCUUUUAAAGACAUGGACAAGUUUUCAGGAUUAUUUUCUGAUCUAGACACUCAUUCACAUUUGGGUGUUAUUACUUAUGGAGUUUCCAUGACAACCUUGGAAGAUGUGUUCCUGAAGUUGGAAAUUGAAGCAGAAAUUGAUCAAGCAGAUUAUAGCAUAUUUAAUUCCCAGUCAGCAGGCGAGGAAAUGGAUACAAAAUCGUUUGAUGAGAUGGAACAAAGCCUACUGAUACUCUCUGAGACAAAAUCAUCUGCAGCAAGCAAUACCGCUCUCUGGAAACAGCAGGUGUCUACUAUAGCAAAGGUUCACUUCCUUAACUUAAGACGUGAAAAUAAGUCAGUGGGAAUUAUGUUGUUGCUUUUUUUAGUUUUUCUUGUAGUUCAGAUUUUAAUGUUUCUUAUACAUCACUACUUCAAAAAUUCUGUGGUUCCCAUCAAACUUUCCCCAGAUUUGUACUUGCUGAAGCCUGGAGAAAAAUAUUUCAAGUACAAAACAAGUCUCCUCCUUCAGAACUCGACAGGAUCAAAUAUUGAUGAUCUCAUCAGUGCUCUCAGAAGCCGGAAGAUAUUGACUGCAAUGUUCAAUGACAGUGAUUACGUGUCGGCUGCACCCCAUAGUGCAGCUUUAAAUGUGUCGCUUUCAGAACAGAGCUACAUUUUUACAGCUGUAUUCAACAGUACUAUGGUGCACUCUCUGCCUGUUUUGAUGAACAUCAUUAGCAACCUGUUUCUCCGCAACUUAAAUGUGACCGAGAAUAUUCAAAUCUGGAGUAACCCAUUCAUUCAAGAAACUGAUGAGACAGUUUUCAGACUGGAGGCUUUUUUUCAAGCGAUGUUACUAGGAAUCAUUGUAACGGGGGUGCCACCAUAUUUUGCCAUGGAAAAUGCAGAAAACCAUAAGAUCAAAGCCUACACUCAGCUUAAGAUCUCAGGUCUUUAUCCAUCUGCUUACUGGAGUGGACAAGCAGUCAUUGACUUACCUUUAUUUUUCAUUAUUCUUGUUCUGAUGAUAGGAAGCUUAUUUGCAUUUCAUCAUGGUGUUUAUUUUGAUACUUGGAAGUUCCUUGCUGUUAUCUUCUGCCUUAUUGGCUAUGUGCCAUCAGUAGUGCUGUUCACUUAUGUGCUCUCUUUCACCUUUAAAAAAGUGCAAAAUACCAAAGAAUUUUGGUCGUUUAUUUUUUCAAUGACUGCUUUGAUCUCUACUGCUGUCACUGAAGUAGCAUUCUUUCUGAGAUAUUUCAUGGUAACCACCAUUUUUCAUUAUGUCUUCUGUGCCUUCAUUCCCAUCUAUCCUCUUAUUGGAUGCCUGAUUACUUUUAUAAAGAUAUCAUGGAAACACCUGCAAAAGAAUGAAAAAUACCAUGACCCCUGGGACAAACUCUUGGUAGCAGUUAUCGCGCCUUAUUUGCAAUGUGUAGUGUGGCUGUUCCUCCUGCGAUAUCUUGAAGUGAAAAAUGGAGGUAAAUCGAUAAAAGAGGACCCAUUUUUCAGAACUACUACAAAGAUCAAAACAUGGAAAUUUCAAGAUGAUCCACAUAAUGAGAACGAGGAUGAAGACGUGAAGGCAGAGAGAUUGUGGGUUAAAGAAAAGACAACCUGCCAGAGCUGUGAUGAGAAACCAGCAAUUCUGGUCAGUAGUCUGCAUAAAGAAUAUGAUGAAAGAAAGGAUUUUCUUCUUGGGAGAAAAAUAAAGAAAGUGGCAACUAAACACGUCUCUUUUUGCGUAAAAAAAGGAGAAAUACUUGGAUUGCUAGGACCAAAUGGAGCUGGAAAAAGCACACUGAUUAACAUGCUGGUGGGAGACGUUGAACCAACUGCUGGCCAGGUGCUGAUGGGAGACUAUUCUUUAGGAUUGAACAGUGAGGAUAAUUCUGCUAAAUUUGUGGGAUAUUGUCCUCAAGUAAAUCCACUUUGGCCAGAUAUUACGUUGCAGGAGCAUUUUGAAAUAUAUGGAUCUGUCAAAGGAAUGAGUAAAACUGAUGUGGAAGAAGUUGUAAAACGCAUUGCAAGUGCCCUUGAGUUGAAAAACCAUCUACAGAAAACAACAAAGAAAUUAGUGGUUGGAAUUAAACGCAAGUUAUGUUUUGCGCUAAGUAUGCUGGGUAAUCCCCUGAUUACAUUGCUAGAUGAACCAUCUACUGGUAUGGAUCCUAAAGCCAAACAGCAUAUGUGGAGGGCAAUUCGAGCAGCAUUUAAAAGCAAAGAGAGAGCAGCUAUUCUGACCACUCAUUAUAUGGAAGAGGCUGAAGCUGUGUGUGAUCGAGUUGCAAUCCUGGUGUCUGGACAGUUAAGGUGUAUUGGUUCAGUUCAGCAUCUAAAGAGCAAAUUUGGCAGAGGCUAUUUCUUGGAAAUUAAAUUAAAAGAAACAGCAGGCGUACAACAAGUGGAGUUUCUUCACAGGCAAAUUUUGCACAUCUUCCCAAAUGCAAAUCAUCAGGAAAGUUUUGCCUCCAUUUUGGCAUAUAAAAUUCCUAAGGAAGAUGUACAGUCGCUCUCUCAGUCUUUUUCUAAACUGGAAGAAGCCAAACAUGUCUUUAAUAUCGAGGAGUACAGCUUUUCUCAAGCAACCCUGGAACAGGUUUUUGUGGAGCUUGCUAAAGAACAAGAAGAGGAAGAUAACAGUUUUGGAACCUUAAACAGCACACUUUGGUGGGAAAGAACACAGGAAGAUAGAGUCAUAUUUUGAGCUUUUUUAAAUACUGUCAGAUUCAAUAGAUGUACACUACAGUUCACUUUUGUCCGACUCUCUGUUUUGUUUCUUGUAAUGUGUGCUGAGUGCUAAGAAAGCCGUUGAGAUUGAAAAAAAAAUAUCUGACUAGAAAAAAAAAAUAAUAAUUGUAAACUUCGAACAUAUUUCCCCUACCUGGACUUAUCCAUCAAUAUUAUGCAACUGUGGGAGUGCCUUUAUUUGUGAGGACUCUCGUUGUUAGCAUAUAAUUGGUCUGUUUUUUAAAAUUUCUGAUCCACUCACCUUACCCUGUCCUAUUUUGAAGUGAUAAUGGUAAAUGACAAUUUAGUUCUUUAUAAUUUCCUGUUUGUUUUGGUCAAGAAACUCCAACCUUGAGCUUAUUCAACUAUUCAGUGUGUGAUGUCAGUACAUAAUUGCUCAACUCCAGGAUCAAACUUCUGCCUUGGUUAUCUUUCAAGAGGGAGCUUCCAGCAAAAGCAGGGGUCCACAGAACCAGGGCAGCAGCACUAGAAAAGAGUCACAAAAAUAAAAGUCUGAACAGAAGAUAUAGCAAUGCCAGAAGUCAGUAACUUGUCUGAGUUGGAGUAAACAUGUAGAUAUAAGGUGGAUGUUUAAUGAAGUCAAUUUUGAGCUUUAACUACCCGAUAGUGUUCUGGUAAGCUUUAUCGUCACUUCCUCUACAUAAAAUUCCAUAUAGACUACAUUGCUAUACAGACAACUCACUUAACUGCCUGAUUCCAGGAUUCAUCAUGGAAUAUGAUGCUGGUUAGUUCAGCCUAAAUUGUUUAUAUGAUACCAAUACCUAAAAUUCAGUUAACUUAUAUGCUGACUUUAAAUUCCCGUUGGAUCCUGCUGAUCAAAAUCCUGGUGCUCCUGUCUGGUAUGGUAUAUCUCAGGUCAACUCUCCUUAUCCAAAAUAAUCAGUAUGGUACAACUGUGCCUCCAUAUUGGAUCCUGCUCCAUCACCUCAAUUCUUGAGUUUAUUUGCUGUAUCUCAGUUUUAAACUCCUCCUCUUUGUGCCAUAUCUGGACUUUAGUAUCCAGAUGACCGUACUUUUUAGUCUCUUCUCAUCAUAAUGUUCCGCCAAUCCUAUGCUGCUUCAGAAUGUGUAACCUGUGUGUGUUUUAACUAAUCUCUGCUUUUCCCCUUGUUCUCUGCCCUCUUCUGGGGUAGCACCUCCGCGACUGAUCAGUAGGCACACGAUCUACAGCAUACUGAUGAGGGACACAGCUGUCACAUCACAAACUUGCUUGGAAGAGGCCCAAGGCCCUUUUUGCUUUAGUAAAAGAGGGGGGAGGGAAGGAAAUUCAACAUUCAUCGCUAAAUAGGGCCCUAAAUUAUAUAAUAAACGUAGCUUGGGAUCCAUUCAACAUAAAAAUAUUUACACAUUAGUAUAAUAUGGCACGUGGUUAACCAUUAUGAACCUUUUUAAUGCAAAUUGGCAAGUGUAACUCUAAUCAAGUUACCUUUGUAGGUUGCAUAAAAAUUUAUAAUGCAUGCACUUGUAAGUUUAAAUGUGGUUUGCAAAGCUGGAUAGGUUCCUUUCAGUCUAUAUUUGUAAAAGCGUGACCACCAAAUGAAUAUAUCUUUAUGGAAUUUGCAUAAAUGUGAGCAUUUCUAGUUAUAUUCUUUGUUAAAACAAUCCGUUUUGUUGAAUACAUGUUCUAACACAUGUUUAAAAGGCAUUUCUUUAGGUGUGUUCAUUUUUUGUGACCGUGAAUUUACAGGCUUGUGCACCAAUACUUUCUAAUCUAUCUUUGUUGCAAUAGUAAUGAGGCAAUACAAUACCAUGUCCAGUUCACUGAGAGUGCUUUCUUAUUUCUAUCAUGCUCAUUUUCUCUCAUCGUAAAUCAAAAAGAGUAAACUCCAAAUGCAGAUAUUGUCUUGUCACUAAAAAUACUUUUGUUUGUUAUCUGGCAAAAUUGUUCUCUGUAGAAGAAAUAAUAAGAGAGCCCAUGUGUGGUUCUACAUCCUCAGAUCUGAGAGUAAGUAUUAAUCCUGUAUGUGGUUUCAAAGAAAAAAUCUUUGAUUUAAAAAUUGAAAGAAUCAAUUAAUCUAUUUAAUCUGAGCUUUUUAGAAUCAAAAUUCAGGUUUUUGAUCAAUUGAUUGCAUUGUAGAAUGUAUUAAUUGAAAUGCAUUGCGCAAAUAUUCGGUAUAUCUGAAGACACAUGACACAGAAGACAUAUCAGUUACAUAUGUUAACCUUAAGAUUAGAAAAUUCCUAUCAUCUUCCUUUCUAAAAUGUUCAGAACUCAGAAAACUAUGCUAUAAGGCAAACAUUUGUGUACCAUUGGGCAAUAAUUUAUGUAAAAUUGAUAGAUUGCUUUAGUCUGCUUGUGUAGGCUCCCAUUUAUUCAGUGCAAGUCUUAUAAUUGACCAGUGGGGGCAGGAAUGAGCCCUAUAUGUGUACAGUUUUUGCUUCUUUCUCUGUACAUCUAGGAUUGCAUGGAAUUAUGUGGAUCUUGUUUUCUUACAUAUUGCACUUGAGCCUGUGAAUCCCACUUAGACCUUGAUAUCCUGCAUGGUGGUGCGAUCCCUAUGCUCAGUGGGAAGGGACAGGGCGCAUUACCUUUCAGGAGCUGGUAUAUAGUCAAUCUGUCCACUUUAAUAAGCCAUAUAUCGUGGAUUCUUGCACUGAAAUGUGGAGUAAUGUAACUCAGUUUAUAUUGAAAUAGAAUGAUUAUCUGCUGAAUUGUUUUAAGGCACUGACUGGGCCAAAUUCUGCUCUGUUACACUGAUGCAAUCCUAUUGCUAUUGUUGUAAUGUAUUUAUUUAACAUUUAUAUUGCAGUAGCAUCUAGAGACUGAUGCCCCAUUGUCUUGGGUGCUGUACCACUGUAUAGUGAAUGAGAGUCUGUACCCAAAAAGCUUGCCACUAAUUUAAAUCAGUCGAUUGGAUUGCAGUGACAGAGCAGAAGUUUGUUCAAUGUAAUAAGAAAGUUUCUCUGUAUUUAUAACAAAGAUGAGGCUGAGAAUAAUAAUUACCCAGAGCUUGUGUUGAUGUGCUGUCUUUAUCCCAUUUAUUCUACAUAUCUAUUUUACUCUGGUACUUUCUUUAUCACUACAUGAUACCCCCAUACCUCGGACUUCAUAUCUACUGACAUCAUAUCCCAUUGCUUACACUCUUAGGGUCUCUUCCAAAAACCUAUUAAAUCAAUGUACGUAAUAGGAGCCUUUCCAUUGACUUCAGCGAACUUUAGAUCAGGAUCAUGCCCCUUGUAUCAGAUCCUCCGUGAAUGAAUAAUAACCCGCACUACACAUUCGUUAUGUGAAUAAAAUGUAAUGCUUAUGCCUUAUAUCUUGCCAACAUACUAUUAUUUUUUUUUGCUUUUUAUCAAAAGUAAACCUAUUAUAUAGACAAACUUUUAUAUAAGCAUUGGGUAGUGUUUGCAGUCUUAUUUGGUUAAUAUGAGAAAUCUGAUGUAGCAUUGUUUCACUUUUUUCACAUUCAAAUACAUUUUGAAAGAUAAUAAAUCUAGUUAACUUUCACACACUGGCACAUUCAAUACGUAUCCGUUGCCAGUAACAGACAUAAUAGCUUCAGAAAAACAUAAUUAGCCCAAAGGAUUGAAAAACUUAAAUAUAAUAUUGAAUCUUUUCUUUCUCCAAAAGAUCGUAGAUAAUAUACUUAGGGAAAUCCUCCAUCCUCCUGCCUUUUGGGAAGGUACGACAUUUGUCUUAUUCCCAGAACCAAAUUUUCUCCAGGCUGUACAAGUUAAAUUCCCUAAUCAAUUCCUCUACAAAUUUAUACAUGCUAAUCUUGACCUUCAUGCUCCCUAGAGUUUAACAAUAUUAUUCUUCAGGAUGAAGUGCCCCAAAUUGUAGAGUACUCCAUCUGGCCUCAUUUUGCCCAGUCUCUAAACUCGUGUCAUUUAGGUCACUUCUGCCUUUCACUGUGUUCAGAAUUACUCCAACGUGGUGUCAUCUAUAUUAUUCAUGUACAAUUUGCUCUUUCUUCUGAUGUAUGACAAUACUGUAUUUGCCAGGUUAGGACCCUUUGUUAUACCUGAUGCCUCUUUCCAAUUUGAUUCUCGUCUCUUUCGUCUCUAAUUCCUCUGUUGAUCUAUAGCCAUUCAAAGAGUUUUAUAUUCUAUCAUAAUAGCCAAGUAACCAUUGUUCUGACUUUUCUAAUAGGGUUUGAUUUUCUAAUAGGUUUGUCACUAACUUUUUCAUGAUCCAUAUCAAAGGCUUUAUUAGAAUCUAGGAGAAAUGUGCCUAGCAUUGUUCUCAUCUACACUGCAGUAACCCCAUUGAUGGUUACUCUGAAUUUACAGAUAUAAGUGAGAGCAGAAUUUGCCCCAUUAAGUCCACUAGAUAUGUGGUGCCUAAUAGAUCUCAAAAACAGAGGAAAUUAUAUGGAAGUUCAAAUAUAUUGAAAUACAGUAAAGACAAUUGAUAUCAGCUUAAAACUUUAGAACUAAAAUGUAACAUUUGCGCUCGGUGGCUUUUGAUGGUAUUUCAGUACAAUAAAUAAUAAACUGAACUCAAACUGUACAUAAUAGAGAGAUAAUACAAACCUCAGAUGACAGUACAACAGGAAGCCAGGUAGUUAUGGAUUCUUGUUCCAGGUCUGACCCUGAUAAUGCUGGGUGACCUUGGACAGGUAACUUAGUUCCCCUGUCUAUAAAACGAAUAUAGUAAUACUUAUCUACCUCACAGGGAUGUUGUGAGGAUCAAUUAGUUAAAGUGUAUACAAAACUUUGAAGAUAAAAUUGCUUUAGUAGUAUUAUAAGGAUGUAUUUUUGUAUUGGUGUUCUAAUAACUCAGAUUUUGCUCACAUUAUCAUGAGAAAUCCUUAUUUAAAAUAUAUUGUACAGUUGCAUGUAGCUUAUUUAUAUGAUAUGUGCUAUAUUCUUUCAUAACAGGAAUAAUUUUUAUUUAAACAUUGCUAGCAUUCUUUUAAUGUACAUCGUGAUAUUAGUCGUAUGCUUUCUUGGGCAUUUAUGUUUAAUUUUGUACAUACGUUUAUUUUUCUUUUAUCAUUUUGAUGUAUUUGUAAAACAAUUAGCAAUUAUUUUUGUUUUUCCCAAUAGAAAGUGCUGUUGAAAUAAAGAUGGAUUGGAUUGCAAAUGCUUACACCUUUA